UUUUUGGACGAUUUUUUUUAUUUUGAUUUUGCGUUUUAAAGUUGUUUAAGAUGUCUGAAACUGGCUACCCACAAGAAUCAGUCUACAAUCUCCUUCCCAAGGAAGAGGUUCACGAGAAGAAACCACCAAGGUACAUAUCCAAGUUCAGGCCGACUGUAGUUCUUGAAAAUAAGUUGGCCAAGGAUUCCAUGAGAAUGAUGGGACCGGCGAAAGUGGACGUGCCGUCUCCAGAUAAAUACCUCAAAAAGCAUUCAAUGGAGUCCAAAUUGCUUGAAAAGUCAAAACGCGCAAAAGAGGUCAGCGAUGCCCGUACUCGCACCGUGAGGAAGCCACCGGUCCCCAGAAGGACAGACCGCCCAACAAUGGAAGUUAACACCAAAAAGGAGUCUGUAAAGACGGCUGCACCGGUGCAGAAGACUCAUAAACACACGUGUGUGGACAUGAGCAAUGGGCAUAAGCAGCUCCUGGAAAACUCCGGACUUCUACCAAAGUACAUCCUGAAAAAGGAUUAUGGCAAGACACCUGCGUACCUGCAGCUGCGUUACAAAGAAGAACAAUGGGCCCAUGAGGAGUACAACAGAUUAUUGAAGGAACGAAUGGAGAAGGACGCCCCGCGAAAGCUGUCCGAUGAGGAGCAGCAAAGCAUCCUGGAGGGUUUGAAGAAGAGGUGGGAUUAUCUGAAUGGCGAGUACCAGGCCCUCCCUUUAACCAUCGUCACCCGCUCAAGAAAAGCCCACAAGAAGCAUCUGGAGGAUGAGAUGGAUCAGCUGCAGGAAGACAUCGACCUCUUCAAGACAGCGAAAAACAUCUACGUACCCAAGGAUUAGUGUCCAGUUUUGAUUAGCCCUUCUAUUACAUGUUACCCUAGAACAUGAAGGUUGAUGGUUUGUUGUAACCCAGAUUCCUAGUCAUCUACAGGACCCGUUUAUUG